AUCCGCGCUUAUAAACACAGGGUCGUUACAUUAUAUUAGUACACUCGUAACAAUUUAAGCAUUACGAAACUCCUAUUUGAUCAAAUAAACCUCAUGUAGCAAAUAAGCCAUUAAUUUUUGUUGUUGACCAAAUUCGAUACGCAUUGACUUUGAGGCCAACUGCUGGAGGGAAACAGAUUUUUCCGCCGAGUUGAGCAUCUCCCUUCCUCCAACCCAACCACUGUUUAAAAAUUAAAUUUGACAGAAAUGGCAUGAAUGGGCGGGAUUUUUAACUUGCGACUGUGGUAACUAGUGACGACCAAUACCAAAACCCGUGCACAAAGAAUGUCAACAGUGACGUCAUUGGGUCCUAAAAAAGUGUUAGAAUAACCGCCUAUUUGGAUUUAUGUUUCUUGGUAUAUUUAUGUUUCUUGGGUUUAUUUUGUAUCGUUUUUCAUGAUUAUUCCAUAUGUGAAAAAAUAAGGGGGUUAAGAUCACAAAAUUAUCAAUAUUAGAUCUUAACUUUUCAAAUUCAUGUCAAUCCAAUCCAGGUUUAUUUUUGGACAGCAUUAUUUCAGGCCCAAGUGUUUUGGCGUUUGUUCAAUCAUGGCGGAAUUGAAGGUCUUUGGAACUGAGGUGGAUCCUCAGUAAAGAAAAACAUAUUUUUCAUAUUUUGGUGCGUGCAACUUCCGUUGGAUUAAUAUGUAAUAAUGUACUGAUCCUUUCAAUCAGGACUGUCAUAACGACAUUGCAACACUGCAUGUUGAUGAUUCAGCAGGAGAAACCGCAGCUGGCCUGCACCAUGCCUGUGGUGUGGCCCACUCUCCUUGACUUGGGCAGGGAUGAGUGUAAGAGAAUCCUCCGUAAACUUGAGCUGGAGGCGUAUGCUGGUGUUAUCAGUGCUUUGCGAGCCCAAGGCGACCUCACCAAGGAUAAGAAGGAUCUCCUUGGAGAACUCACUAAAGUCCUCAGCAUUUCAACAGAGCGUCAUCGUGCAGAGGUCCGUAGGGCAGUCAAUGAUGAGCGCCUUACCACCAUUGCCUAUCACAUGUCAGGUCCCAACAGCUCCUCAGAGUGGUCCAUUGAGGGGCGUCGGCUGGUCCCGCUGAUGCCCAGACUGGUCCCCCAGACCGCCUUUACUGUGACGGCCAACGCAGUGGCCAGCGCCACAGCCAAUCAGAACGCUUCGUUUCUGCUGCCUGCCGAAACAGGAAAUAAAGAAGUGGUUGUUUGCUACUCCUACACAAGCACCACGUCCACCAGUGCCACGGCGCCCAGUGGCAGUGCAGCAGCCAUGGUGAAAUCCCCCCGUCCGGCCAGCCCCGCCUCAAACAUGGUGGUGCUGCCCAGCGGGAGCACGGUCUAUGUGAAAAGCGUGAGCUGCUCGGAUGAGGAUGAGAAGCCGCGUAAGCGGAGGCGGACUAACUCCUCAAGCUCCUCCCCUGUGGUGCUGAAGGAAGUGGCCAAGGUGACCCCGCCCAUGUCCAAGACCAUCACUGUGCCGGUGAGCGGCAGCCCCAAGAUGAGCAACAUCAUGCAGAGCAUCGCCAACUCCCUGCCACCGCAUAUGUCCCCCGUCAAGAUCACCUUUACAAAGCCCACCACGCAGACCACUAACACCACCACGCAGAAGGUGAUCAUUGUGACGACCUCUCCAAGCUCCAACUUCGUUCCCAACAUCCUGUCCAAGUCUCACUCACACAACUACGCGGCGGCCAUGUCCAAGUUGGUGUCCACCUCCAUGCUGACCUCGGCCAACCAGAAGCAGACAGUGUUAAUUCCGGCCAGCUCCAGUCCCUCCUCGGCCCCAAACACAGUCGCUGUGACCACCAUGGUUUCUUCCAGUCCAUCUGUGGUCAUGUCAACAAUAGCACAGGGUGGCUCGUCGACGGGCAUGAAAGUGGCCUCCGCCAGGCUCCCCUCUCCUAAGACCAUGGUGGGCUCUCCAACCCAGAUUCUGGCCCAGUUCCCCAAGCAGCACCAACAGUCACCCAAGCAGCUGCAGCAGGGCUCCCCCAUGGGGGCCGGCGUCAUGGGCCAGGCCCAGUCCUCUACCACUCUCCCCGGCUCCAAACCCACCAUCCAGAUUAAGCAGGAGUCAGGUGUCAAAAUCAUCACCCAGCAGAUGCAGCCCAGUAAGAUCCUGCCCAAGCCCUCCUCUGUAGGCAUGUCCAGCAGCAGUUCCUCCCCCAUCAUGGUUGUCAGUAGCAACGGGGCCAUCAUGACCACCAAGUUGGUGUCCCAGCCCACAGGCACCCAGGCCACAUACUCAAGGCCCACUGUGAGUCCCUCCAUUGGCGCCAGGAUGGCGACGUCAACCAGUGGUGCCACCUACGUCAAGACCACCAGCGGCAGCAUAAUCACGGUGGUCCCCAAGUCUCUAGCCACACUAGGCGGCAAGAUCAUCAGCAGCAACAUUGUGUCUGGUACAACAACUAAGAUAACUACCAUUCCUAUGACGUCCAAACCCAAUGUUAUUGUGGUGCAAAAAACCACUGGCAAAGCAACGACCAUCCAGGGCCUGCCUGGCAAGAAUGUGGUCACCACACUGUUGAAUGCAGGGGGCGAAAAGACCCUGCAGGGUGUGCCGGGGUCCAAGCCAGCCAUCAUCACAGCCUCCAGACCCAUCACCAAGAUGAUCGUGACCCAGCCGAAAGGCAUGGGCUCAGGGGUGCAGCCCAACACCACCACCAAGAUCAUCCCCACCAAAAUAGUGUACGGCCAGCAGGGCAAGACCCAGGUGCUGAUCAAGCCUAAGCCCAUCUUCCAGACUGCAGUGUUGAGCGAGCAGACCAGGCAGCUGGUGAGCGAAACACUGCAGCAGGCGUCCAGGGUGGCUGACGCACAGGAGGGGGCGCUGAAGGAUGAGUCGGGUGGCAUCGCCGAGGGCAGCUUUCAGCCCGCCGAUGGCUCCAACAGCAGCAGUCACGACUCCCAGCCCGUAGUGCACAUCAUCUCCUCCAGAGGGCAGGAGUGGGCUGAGCAGCAUGAAGUGUCGGUGGAGUCCGGCCCCACAAUCAUCUACCAGGACGUGUCUACGGGGAACGUGACCCAGUCGGCCACCUCAACCAUUAAGGCCCUGCUGGAGCUGCAGCAAACCACAGUGAAGGACAAGGGUGAGGCGAAGCCCAGGCAGCACACCAUAGACCUGAGCCAGAUGGCUGUGCCCUUUCAGAUGGCCCAGGACAAGAAGCAGCAGGAUCUAGUCUCCCCUGGGACAUCCACUGUAGAGACUGAACCGUCCACUGAAUACAUCACUGCUGUUAAAGCCAGCCGGGCCGGACCAUCCCCUGGAGGCGACAUGGUCAUGUCCGCUAGCCAGCAACUGGCGGUGUCCUCACAGAGCACAGGUCACACCCCCAUGGUGGUCAAGUCCAUCCCAACUUCCUCUGCGGUCACCGUCACACGCAUUGUCCAACUGGCAUCGGAGGGCCAGCUUAUCCACAGUAAGCAGGCAGAGGAGAUGGUGAUGGAGGAGGGUGAACUAGAAGGGGACACCCUGGACCCCCAGACGGGCCUGUUCUACCGUUCCAUCCAACUCGCGGCAGCCCCUGCCCCUCAGCACCACACACUCCCCCAACCCCAAAGCCAGUCACACUCUGAGCCCCAGUCAGAGCAGGGCAGACACAUGCCCCACUCCACCCAGCCCAUGCCCCAUUCCACCCAGCCCCCACAGCUACACAGCAAGCCCCAGAUGAGCCAGCCUUCCUCCACCUUGGUGAAGAAGCCACCCCAGCUCCAAGAGCAGUACCAGCCCAAGCCCCAGGCUCCAGGGCAGAGCCUGAAGGAGAGGCCCUCCUCUGCCUCGGGAUCCCCCCAGCUGGUGGGCCUGGGCACCCCUACAAAGCCACCCUCCCUCACCCCCCAGCUCCCCAAGCUGCAGCAGGCACCCACCUCCCACCACAGGCCCAUCCACACACAGUUGUCCCAGCCGCCACCCCUGCAGGCCCACCACCCGGUGGGUGCAGACAAGACCCCUUCCACAAGCCUGCCGCCAAUCAUCACCCAGGGCGCCAGCAUCACGAAGAUCACCUUCGGCGGUAGCAGCUGCCACCAGUCCCCGCCCGUAUCCAGCAGUGGCGAGGCCACAGCAAAGCUGGUUCCCGCCGAGCCCAGCAGCUCGGGCCCGUCCGGCGGCGAGAAGCCCUCAGUUUCGGACAUUCUCAAGAUUUCCAUGAUGGAAGCGGAGAUCGACCCUAGCGCCGAGCCAAUGGUGGUGGACUCGUCCAGCGACUGCAGCCCCUACGGGAAGGGUGUGGGGGCAGGGGGAGAUUUAGGUGUGUUAGGGGGCUCAGGCCCGGUCAUCAGCAGCUCGGGGGCCUCCCUGCACCACUCAUCCCACUCCAAGCCCCAGCACAGCCAGUUUAGCCGCAUCCAGGGCCUAGUGGCCAAGGGCAAAGAAGACCUGGAUGUAAUUGAGGUGAUCCCUCGGUACUCUAUCAUGCCAGACUCCAGCCAGUCCAACGUGGUGGUGGAGCCCAGCGGCUUCCUGGAGAUCAGCAACUACACCAGCCAGCGGCUGGACGAGGAGAGCGUCAUGGAGCAAGAGGUGGACAGCAGCAAUGACGAGGCCACCACUGUCAGCCCCAUGGAGGGCUGUGCCGACCAGUCCCAGUGACCACUACACGUCAACUCCGUCACACACGAUGUGUGGCAGAGAUGAGGGUGAUUACGGUCAUCACAGUGACUUGUGGUUAUCUCCUGACUUAGUUAGAACCCUAAUCACGUUACGGCAAACGAAUAAAUGAGGUAUUGCAUAACGGUAUUUGAUUCAACAAUGUAAAUUUGAAUACAUGAUAGUACAGUUUGGGUUUCUGACUUGAAAUAAAUAAGUUUGAUGGCCUUCAGAUUACUUCAGUUUGUUUUAAAGUGGGCACAUGCAGUGAUUCAAGAUUUGUCACAGACAAUAACGGCUGACCAUAAAGGGAUUGUAGUAACCCUUGAGGAAUUAACACUUUGAAGUUGAAACAGUUGGUAAGAACAAUUGUUGGAAGAAAAAAGAAAUACAAACAAAUAAAUACACAUUCAACCUUG